AUGAAAACGGCAAACUCGAGAAGGAAAAUAUCAGAGGAAGCCACAAAUCUAGCCAUUAAGCUAAAGCUACCGACAAAUCAGUGCGGCGAGAAGAAACGAAAGCGUGAGUCCAUGCAGAGUCAAUCCAAACCAGUGAGAGGAAAGAGUGUAUGUUUUUGUAGUUCUUGAUUAAAGCAAAGGUGUGAUUUUCCUAGCAAUACAUUUUUCGCAUCUUUUUUUGACAGAGAAAUUUCCAGGUUGUUUUGUAAGAUCUGGAACAUUAACACCGUCUUUUUUACGGAUAAAGAUCCACCCCAAGUUGAAUUUAGCCGCUACAUCGGCAUUUAAUUCAUCUGCCCUAGCCCUGAGCUGCACUAAAUUCCUCUUCACAGACUGUUUCAAAACAGUUCGUUGAAACAUCUUCUUUCAUAUUGUUAAAAAGAUAUAACAGGACAAGGCCCUGUGUAUUCAAAUGUAACUCCAUAUCCUUUAACGAAUUCUAAAUAUUUUUUGGAUUUAAUACAUUCUGGUCUCAGGCGUCUCAUUGUACAUCGCACAAUAAGAGGCAUGAGCCAAUCAAUUCAAUCAUUGCGUCUAAAAAUGUAUGAAUCGAAUAUUGGUUGUAAUUUUGAAAAACCUUGUUACUGAAGGUUACGUCUUGGGAUGCAAUUACAUCGAAUAAAGUCCAUUGUGAAACCUUGUUUUCAUGUUUUCAGUUGCUGAGCUCCCGCGCACGCGAUGCUCCAUAGUCACGUACCACAGUUCUCCACUUGUAAAUUAUUUUCCUUUUCUCCAAAGUAGGUUUCUAUCGAAUGUUUGUUUCCUCAUAAGAAAAGCAACAAUUUAUACUAUAGAAACUGCGGUAAGUAUUGUGAAAUAAACAUCUUCCAUUUGGAUUUUGAACAGUGCUCCACUGAACUGUUAGUAAAACGUUUAAUAAACUCUUAAUAAACGAUGAGUGGAGCACUGUGCAUUUUCUAACUUUCUCGCCUUGUCAGAUAAAGGUUUCCUCAAAGAUUACAAGAAAAUAGCUUUCUCGUCAAAGUUAUGUGCUUAAAUGAUAGUCAAAAAGUUCCUUAGAGUUAAAAAAAAGGACAAGUUCCCAUGGAGCACUGUCAAAGAAUGUCACGUUGCGUGCGUGAUUUACAAUGAGUUGAGCAAAUAUUCUGCGGUAGGUUUCCUGUUCUUAUUUCUUGUCCACAGUAAGUUUGGCAAAAAAUCUUCGACAGGGAGGCAAAUUCACCGGAUAUUUUCGGUGGUAUUUAUUUUCCGAAAUGGAAGAAUUGCCAAUAAGGUAAAAUAUUAACCUGACAUUUAGCUUGAUCGACUCACAGACCCCGCCUUUUGCUUAUACUCAUGUCGCCUAAAGAAUGAAAAGUCCUUUUGGAAAUCAAUGUUUUUGCUACCAAAGUUUCUAGGUAACGGGUGCUGGAAUAUAGACAAUGUCGUUUUCCCUGACUGCGAUCUGCUUGUUGUAAUCGUCGUUGUGAUUAAAAGCAACCACAUUACUUAGUUGUAGCAGUUCGUCGUCAUUCCGUGUACUAAAUAACAGGCGCAAUGACCAUUUUACUAGACACGAACAUAUAUCUCCAAGGUUUGAGUGGUUUUCGAUGUUUUUGCUCUGUUUUGCUCUUAUGCCAUCUGGUAUUCAAGAAAAUAUCCCUAUAUUUACUUUCCUUUUAGUAAGAAGAUAGCUUUGUAGCGCGGACAAUCCUGGUCAAAACGUUAGGGACACUUUGCGUUUUAGGUGAGGAAAAUGUAAUUCUAGUUGACCCCCCUCCCCCCUGAACAGUGUUGGGUGUUACAAGUCAAACACCUUUUACAUAUCUUGUACACUUUAUGAACCUCAACUUUGUUUAGGGGGGUGGGGGCAAAAUCUUGUUAAGGCCGUAUUUAUGAGUGUGUAUUGCAGGUUAGCUGCAAAUUCCAUACAAAAACCAAGUGAAAAAGGGGAGGUGUCCCAAAACCUUUUGGCCAGGAUUGUAGUAGUAGAAGGCACCGAAGAGACUCGAAAAAUUUUUGUACUUUUCCCUCACAUAAACUAAUAAUUGCAGCAUGAAUGGGAAAACACCUACUGACAUGUUUUGCCCUUCGCUUAGGCUUUUAAGUGUUGUUAUUUUUGAAAUAGUGUUUUAGUUUUCCUUUUGUUUGUCUUUUUUGUAGGAUUUGCUGAACACAGUAGUCAAUGAAGACAGUAAAAUUGUGGUUAAGUACUCUUCUGAGAGAUCAAUCAAUCUUUCUGUAUUAAACAGCAAAAAAGUUGCUUUUGUCAUGCAUGAGAGCCUGAAGGUGGCAUCUAAUUUAUUUACGAUCAGAAGGUGCUUUAAGCUUUAUUCAUCACUUCUAAGGUGUACUAGCUACUUCUCUCUGACUGGGACAAAUUAA